GACGGAGCUCAACCAAGAACAGACAAUGAAGCAAUUUUAAUAGCGAAAUGGCCCGUGUUAUGCAGACAACGUAUCGAGGCUCUGUUUCAUUGAUCGUUCCUCGAAGGCUUACGCUCGCCUCAGUCGUAGUUAGGUACCGGCGCCGGCGCACGCGCACGUCACGCACCGCGAUGCUCUCCGCAGCAAUACUGCUCACGAUCGUGUGCGCGAUCUCAGGACAAAAUGUGAACGAAACUAGACUUACGGAGAAAAUACUAAAACGAAUCACCCCUUUAGCUGACACAGCUACAAAGGCUCUAGAACUAAUUAGUCCGUUGGGUGUAGAUAAAGAACUAGUCGAAAAGAUUACGACUACCGCGAAAACUGCAGCAAAGCUUGCUGAUGACUUUUCGUAUAUAGCCAAUGUGGAUGGUGCAGGAGGUGGAGAGAAUCCUGUAUUGAAAUCGAUCGAAGAGUCUCCGGAUUACGCGUCGUCUGUUGUACUUGCAAGUGAUUUGCUGUCACUAACUACAGCUGUUGCAAAUGUUAAGGAAAGAGCGUGCAGGGAACAGGGAUACAAAUUUCUGGAUGGUUUGCUUCAGAACAAAAGAUGGGCGCUCAAAAUGUUCGACGCUUCAGCGAAAUCACCGCAAGGUCUUCUGUUCGGCUCCUCUUACCACCUCGGUAAUUUCGAUGAGUGCGUCGGUAUUGACGACCGCGGUGAAAAAGGUGGUAUAGUUGAAGGCGAGUACUGCCUCGCAACGAUAAAAUGGCGUCGCGGCGAGGAAGCCAAGAAGGAACGCUUCGGUCGCGGCGAGACUCUCCGCUGGGCGGUGUGCGUGCCUAGUUCGUGCAGCGCGCGCGCGGUGUCUAGGUUCGUGGGCGACGUGUUGACCCACACCGUAGGCAACGGCACUGCUGUCAUCGUCACCGAGCGUGAUUGCUACGCGCGACGACCCAUCUCUGUUGAUACCAUGGAUAUUAGUUACUUAUCAUUUAUGAUGGGUUUUAUUGCUUUACUUAUUCUGUGCUCUGUCUAUGAAAUUUACACAAUAGCACUCGGCAAAGAGAAGAGGACAGUGACGCAUGAACUGAUCGUAUCAUUUUCACUCAUCAAUAAUAUAAAGAAGAUUAUUUCGACAAAACAAAACAAUGACCUAGGUCUGGAAUGUAUUUCUGGGAUCAAGUCGUUGGCGAUGAUUUUUAUAGUCGCCGGUCACGCUUGCAUGUUUAUCGGCAGCGGACCUGUUAUGGACGCAGAAGCGUGGGAUAGGUUGAUCAGACACCCGGCGAACUCAUUCAUGUUGAGCAACACUUUGCUCGUUGAUACAUUCCUGAUGUUGAGCGCCUUCCUCUUCUGCCGACUAUUGCUCAUCGAAUUCGACAAACGCCGCGGCAAGCUCAACGUUAUACCGAUACUCAUUUUUCGGUAUAUAAGGGUAACACCGGCGUACGCGGUUGUUAUUUUGUUCUACAUGACUUGGCUGCCCAAAAUAGGAGAAGGUCCUCUGUGGAAAAAUAGAAUGGUUCUAGAACAGGAACGUUGUUUAUCUUCUUGGUGGGCUAAUAUAUUGUACAUAAACAACUACAUUAAAACUGAUGAAAUAUGUAUGUUCCAAUCUUGGUACCUAUCUGUGGACACGCAAUUGUUCUUCGUAGCUCCAAUAUUUAUUUACAGUAUGUGGAGGUGGCGACGUAUAGGCAGUGUUUUCUUAACGUUAGCUACAUUUAUUUCUCUUGCAAUACCUUCAUAUAUAACUUAUAGAGAUCAACUGGACCCGACAUUAUUGUUUUACGCCAAAGAGUUCACGGAUUUCGCCACCAACUUCUAUUUUAAAGAGGCUUACAUUAAAACUCAUAUGAAAAUGACACCGUACUUCAUGGGCUUGAUCACAGGCUACAUUUUACAUCGGAUCCAAUCAGAGAAUUACAAAAUGUCUCGACUUAUGAAAAUCUUUGGUUGGCUAACGAGUAUAGUGUUGGGUACCGUUGCUGUGUUUUCAGUAAGCGUGUUCUACCAAGAGUGGUACAAGUAUAACAAGAUAGAGGCCGCCGCUUACGUAUCUCUACACAAGCUCGCCUGGAGCAUAGCAAAUGGCUGGCUGAUUAUUGCCUGCUGUACUGGAAAUGGAGGUAUACUGAAUAAAUUAUUAACGUGGAAAGUGUUCGUGCCGAUAUCUCGGCUGACGUUCUGCGCUUAUCUCGUCAACGGUAUUGUUGAGUUAUAUUAUGUCAGUCAGUUGAGGCAUCCUUUACACGUUACAUUUUUCACAAUGGUUGCGAACAGUAUUGCACACUUAGUACUAACAUUUAAUUUAGCGGUGAUAUUGUGUGUUAUAUUCGAAUCUCCUAUUCACGGCAUCGAGAGGAUCUUACUUAGGAUAUUUGCCAGACCAGCCCUGAGUGACAAUACAAGAAGGGACAUAUCCGCAGAGUCAUCCCGAAACACUAGUCAAUCUAAGUUAGAGACGUAACGUUAGAUAUUUAAGAUGAUAUAAUAGAGUAUAAAGCUGCUGAAAAAAGGACGUACAGAAAAAGGAUUAUUUCUCUUUCAUCUGCGUCCCUCCCGCGCCAAAUUAAUUUUCCUUUGCCAUCCUUUCCUUAUUAUAAAAGCAAAGGGGGGUAAAAGUAGGUAUCAUUGUUGUGUAUAUACGCAAAUUAAUUCCGUAAUUACCUUUAUGAUUGAGUUAGUAAUGUGCACUAAGAAAACGAUAAAGUACAAUAAAAAUAUUAUAUUCAACGGAUAUACUUUUGUUUUAAACAAAUAGAAA